AUGGGUGCGCUGGCCCCUAAGUCCCGCCUUAUGCUCGGGGCUCGGGGUAUGGCCACCGUCACCGACUCUCCCCUCGACAAGAAGGUCGAGAUGUCCAACCUGGAGAAGGGUAACUACAUCAACUACAAGAAGAUGUCCGAGAACCUCGACAUCGUUCGUCGUCGUCUGAGCCGUCCUCUCACAUACGCCGAGAAGGUUCUGUACUCUCACCUUGACGACCCCCACGGACAGGAGAUCGAGCGUGGCAGCUCCUACCUCAAGCUGCGCCCCGACCGUGUCGCUUGCCAGGAUGCCACUGCCCAGAUGGCUAUCCUCCAGUUCAUGUCCGCUGGCAUGCCCUCCGUCGCUACUCCCACUACCGUCCACUGUGACCACUUGAUUGAGGCCCAGGUCGGUGGUGACAAGGAUCUUGCUCGUGCCAACGACAUCAACAAGGAAGUCUACGACUUCCUUGCCUCUGCUACUGCCAAGUACAACAUCGGUUUCUGGAAGCCCGGUUCCGGUAUCAUCCACCAGAUCGUUCUGGAGAACUACGCUUUCCCCGGUGGUCUCAUGAUCGGUACCGACUCUCACACCCCUAACGCUGGUGGUCUCGCCACUGCUGCCAUCGGUGUUGGUGGUGCUGAUGCCGUCGACGUUAUGGCUGGUCUCCCUUGGGAGCUGAAGGCCCCCAAGGUCAUCGGUGUUAAGCUCACCGGUCAGAUGUCCGGCUGGACUACUCCUAAGGAUAUCAUCCUCAAGGUUGCUGGUCUCCUCACCGUCAAGGGUGGUACUGGCGCUAUCAUCGAGUACCACGGACCUGGUGUCAACUCCCUGUCCUGCACUGGUAUGGCCACCAUCUGUAAUAUGGGUGCUGAGAUUGGUGCCACCACCUCCAUGUUCCCCUUCAACGACCGCAUGUACGAUUACCUGAAGGCCACCAAGCGUCAGCACAUUGGUAACUUCUCCCGCGAGUACGCCAAGGAGCUCCGCGAGGAUGAGGGUGCUGAGUACGACCAGCUGAUUGAGAUCAACCUGUCCGAGCUCGAGCCCCAUGUCAACGGUCCCUUCACUCCUGACUUGGCCACCCCCAUCUCCAAGUUCAAGGAGGCCGUUGAGGCCAACAAGUGGCCCGAGGAGCUCAAGGUUGGUCUUAUCGGCUCUUGCACCAACUCCUCCUACGAGGACAUGUCCCGCGCUGCCUCCAUUGCUCAGGACGCCCUUGACCACGGUCUGAAGUCCAAGUCCCUCUUCACCGUCACCCCCGGUUCCGAGCAGAUCCGUGCUACCAUUGAGCGCGAUGGUCAGCUCAAGACCCUUGAGGAGUACGGUGGUGUUAUCCUUGCCAACGCCUGCGGUCCUUGCAUUGGACAGUGGGAUCGUAAGGACGUCAAGAAGGGUGAGGCCAACUCUAUCAUCUCCUCCUACAACCGUAACUUCACCGGUCGUAACGAUGCCAACCCCGCCACCCACGCUUUCGUCGCCUCUCCCGACCUGGUCGUCGCCAUGACUGUUGCCGGUACCCUCAAGUUCAACCCUCUCACCGACAAGCUGAAGGACAAGGACGGCAAGGAGUUCAUGCUCAAGCCCCCCUCCGGCGAGGGUCUCCCUGCUCAGGGCUACGACCCCGGCCGUGACACCUACCAGGCUCCUCCCACCAACCGCGAGGGCGUCAACGUCGCUGUCGCUCCCACCAGUGACCGUCUCCAGAUCCUUGCUGGUUUCGAGAAGUGGGAUGGCAAGGAUGCCACUGGCAUCCCUAUCCUGAUCAAGUGCCAGGGCAAGACCACCACCGACCACAUCUCCAUGGCUGGCCCGUGGUUGAAGUACCGUGGUCACCUUGACAACAUCUCCAACAACAUGCUGAUUGGUGCCAUCAACGCCGAGAACGGUGAGGCCAACAAGGUCAAGAACGCCUUCACCGGCGAGUACGAUGCCGUCCCCGCUACUGCCCGUGACUACAAGGCCCGUGGCGUCAAGUGGGUUGUCAUCGGUGACUGGAACUACGGUGAGGGUUCUUCCCGUGAGCACGCUGCUCUGGAGCCCCGCCACCUUGGUGGUCUUGCCAUCAUCACCCGCUCCUUCGCUCGUAUUCACGAGACCAACCUGAAGAAGCAGGGUAUGCUUCCUCUUACCUUCUCCGACCCCGCCGACUACGACAAGAUCAAGCCCGAGGACAAGGUCGACCUCCUCUGCACUGAGCUCGAGGUUGGCAAGCCCGUCACUCUGCGUGUCCACCCCAAGGACGGUGCCUCCUUCGACAUCAAGCUCAGCCACACCUUCAACGAGUCCCAGAUUGAGUGGUUCCGCGAUGGUUCCGCCCUCAACACCAUGGCCCGCAAGGCUGGCAACUAA